AUGGCCCAGCAAGCCCCCUUCCAAUUCCUCCCCCUCGGCGCCAUCAUCCAAUCCUUCCUCGUCGGAAAAACCAACAUCGUGCAAUCCUUCCCCAAGCAAUCCCUCUACGUCUCGCACAACGCGCCAUUCUUCGGGGAAACGAUCGGACGUGUCGCGAACCGUCUCUCGAACGCGAAGAUCAACUCCUUGAACGGGAAGAGCUAUCAAUUGGCGGCGAACAACGGGGUUAAUGCAUUACACGGUGGGCCAGUGGGUUGGGGGAAGAAGGUUUGGGAGGGUCCUACACCUGUUGGAAUACGGACGGUAGAGGGGUUACAGGGAGCAAGGCUGGAGGGUGGAGAGAGUGUGGAGUUUAAGCUUCGGAGUGAGGAUGGAGAUGAAGGGUAUCCCGGGACGGUGGAUGUUAGUGUUGUUUAUACGGCUGGGACGCAGAAAGAGGGGGAUAAAGAGGUUAGAGUUUUGGGGAUUGAGUAUGAGGUUAAAUUGGUAGGGGAUGAGGUUGAGGAGACGGUUGUUAAUGUAACGAACCAUUCGUAUUUUAACCUCACCGGCAAAGACACAAUUGAAGGCACCGAAGUCACGCUCUGUUCCUCACACUACCUACCCGUCGACGAAGGCGGAAUCCCAACAUCCAGUUCUACAGGAACUUAUUCCGGCGUUACCGCAAACAAGACCUUUACGUUAGGACCUGUGGAGCCAGAUAUCGAUGAUUGCUUUGUCGUCGACCCUUCAAAAGCCUCCUCAAUUCCGAUCGACACUCGACAAGAAUCGCUGCACAAGGUCGUCACCGCCUAUCAUCCGGACACGAAGAUCCAUUUGGAGGUCCUGACCACGGAACCGGCAUUCCAGUUUUAUACGGGGAAGUAUAUUGAGGUUCCUGAGGUGGAGGGAGUGGAAGCGAGAGGACCGAGGAGCGGCUUUUGUGUUGAGCCGAGUAGGUAUGUUAAUGCGGUUAAUGUGCCGGAGUGGAGGGGGCAGGUCGUGCUGAAGAAGGGGGAGGUGUAUGGGAGUCGGAUUGUUUAUCGGGGGUGGUAUGACCAGUGA